UUCGAAGAUGUUGAAUUUUUAUCGAGUACUAGCCCUUCUGUUGGUUAGCAUUUGUUCAGCUAGCCCGUUUGGGGAAGGAUCUCGUGAAUUUCUUUCCUACCGGCUACCUAAUACAACAAUUCCAACACAUUACAACCUGUAUUUGGACACCAACGUACAUUUAGGGGACUUCGAGUAUAAGGGAAAUGUUCAAAUUAGUAUUACGGUACUGGAAAAAACUCAACAGAUUGUGCUUCACAGCACACGGAGUGUCAUCGAUCGGCUGGAGCUGCGUAACAGCAAUCAACUUCUAAUGGCAAUUUAUGAACCCGAGUUUGACGAGGAUAAAGAGUUUUUGAUUGUGAAUACCAAAGAAUCGCUGGCUGUUGGCACCAACUAUGUUCUGGAUAUAGAUUUCACGAACUCUUUGGAUCGCACUGACAGGGCUGGAUUCUACCGAUCGUCUUACGAAACCACGGAAGGAGAGACAAGGUAUUUAGGUGUGACCCAAUUUCAACCAUGUGACGCGAGAUCAGCUUUUCCGUGUUACGACGAACCCGGCAUCAAGGCCACGUUCGAUGUGAGAAUUGCCUGCGGAAUAGAAUACACUGCGAAGGCUAAUGCACCGGCGCUAGGAGUAACUUUAUUGCCAAACGAUAAAAAACUAACCACGUUCCAAAGAACACCACGAAUGCAGACGUAUAUUGUGGCGUUUCUAGUUUCGGACUAUGUCACCGAGCGUCAGGUUGUGAACGAGCGGAAACAGCUGGCUGUCGCGAGCGUAGCGCGACCAACGGCUAAGGAUCAACUAACCUUCUCCGUAGAUGCAUCGGUUCGGUUUCUGCGUGAAAUGCAAGAAUAUUUUGACCACGACUAUUCCAUGUCCAAAAUCGAUAAUGUGGCCAUCAGAGAAUCGGAUUUUUACCCUGGGGCAAUGGAGAACUGGGGAUUGGUAGUUUAUCGCGAAUCUGCGAUCCUCUUUGAUCCAGAGUCCCAUGGUGUAAGCAGACAGGUGAGUGUGGUGGAAAUUGUUGGCCACGAAUAUACGCAUCAAUUUUUCGGGAAUUUGUUGGCCCCCAAGUGGUGGUCGUAUCUGUGGCUGAAUGAAGGUUUCGCACAACUGUACCAGUACUAUCUGACGGAGCUUAGUCACCCAGAGUUCAAUAUGAGAGAACGAUUCGCCUCGGUCCGGGAAAAUGCCUUGAGCACCGAUGCUAGCGCGAGUGUUCGUCCUAUGACUCAUUACGUGGAAACUCCAAGCGCAAUUAACGGAUUGUUCGACGGGAUUGCCUAUGCUAAAUCUGGCAGUGUACUUCGAAUGUUUAAUUAUGCCUUUACUGAAGCUACAUUCCAGAAAGGACUACAGUAUUACAUAAAACAAAACGAAGAUAACGGAGUAGUAGAGGAUCAAAACUUGUUCGACAGUCUGGCACAGGCCCUAGAGGAGGAUGGCAAGCUGCCUCCAGGAGUAACUAUACAUGAGAUUUUCGAAUCAUGGUCCAAUCAAGCUGGAGCCCCUCUCGUUACUGUUGAACGUGUUGACGGCACCAACAUAUUCACGUUCAGUCAGGAACGAUUUUAUAACUCACCACCGGAGAAUCCCGAACCGCAAUCGUGGUGGAUUCCCAUAUCGUACUACACCGAAAGCAGCAACGACACGAGUGCUGCCUUCUGGAUGGCGCCAGAUAAACAAGAAGUGCAGUACGAAUUUCCGCUUUUGGAGAAUGAUUCCGUGCUCAUCAAUACACUUGCCACAGGAUACUAUCGCGUAAAUUAUGCUCCCCAGAUGUGGGAGACCAUCAUCUAUAAGCUUUACGAGCACACCGAUUCCAUCGAUAAAUUAUCGCGAACGCAACUAAUUGACGAUUCUAUGAAUCUGGCUCAUGCCGGUAAAUUAGAUUAUUACACAGCCUUCAAAGUAUUCGAUUAUCUACAGUAUGAGGUCGAAUAUAGGCCGUGGGCAACAGCACAUUCUAACCUAAAAUUUUUAAAGCGUAUGCUACGAAAUGACUCGGAAGCUCUUAAAACCCUAGAAAGCUACGCAGCCCAACUCGCAGCGAACAUUCUUUCGGUUUAUGGCUACGACAGGCGUGGUGUAGGUGAGUCGGCCGAUGUCGAGGAAACGCGCUUGAUUGCUUUAGAAUGGGCAUGCGAAUCUGAUCCACAAUGCCAGGCACAGGCCGCAAAGCGGUUUGAUAAUUUGAAAAAGGAGACUUACCUUUCUUGCAAAUCCCAAGCGGAACAGCUCUUCGUGUGCACCAGGAUUCGUAACAGUAGUUACAACGAUUUUGUUCAAUUGCUUGAAACGCUCAAAAUAACGCGCGAAGAUGUUAGCCGAAACCAUCUAUUGGGAGCCUUUGGUUGUAUUACCGAUAAAGUUACUAUUCGCCGGUAUUUGGAUGAAAUUAUGACAGAUAAUUUCAGAGGAAACGAAAAAGUGCAAGCUCUACAAGCAAUUUAUCAGUCCACGGCUGAAGGGUUGCAGAUUGUGAUGGAAACGUUCGACGCCGAGUCUGGCUUCCUAAAGCAGCUCCUAUUGAACCAGCGGGAAAUCUACGCCUUGUUGGAGAACUUAGCUGAAUACAUAGUUGAACCAGGUAUGGCUGACCAAUUGGUAAAUGUGGUCCAAACGGAAGCUCCCAAUCUGCUGUCUACAGUUCAAGCUAAGCUCCAACAGAAUCAAAAGUGGAUACAAAGAAACGCAGCAAUGGUUUCCGAAAUGCUUAGAAGACCAACCGAAGUGAACAUGUAAAUCUGAUGCGUAAUUUGAAUUGUAGAUAUUAAAAAUAA